GACGAGAGGAAAGUAUCUGCUCCGCUGAGGGGGGAAAGAAGGAGCUGGAGACAGAUUGUAGGAGCGAGCGCGGGCGGGCGGGAGGCGACGAGCUACCAGCGGGUGAGUCCUGUUAAUAUUAGCUAGUCCGUGAUCUAACAGGAGUCUCCCCUCCAACUUCGACGAGCCCCAACGUCCCGGGCCAGGAUCUCCCCUCCCAGGCUAUGUUGGACGGGGGCGCUGAGGCGGUGGCCGGGCCCUGUCUGAGGAAGAGGGUGGGGCGUAAACUAAAGACAACCAAUAAGAGGUUAGGAAUUCACGAUUGGCGGCGAUGAGCACUAAUGGGAGAUCGCUUUUACCUCCGGAGUACCGCCCUCCUCUCCCCCUCCUCCCGCCUCCUUCCUUUUGGGGGAAGGCGGGGCCAGUGGCCUGAAGUGUGGGGAGAACUUGGGCUCCGCUCUGCUAUAUGAAAUAUGGGAGACGACAGACCGUUUGUGUGCAAUGCCCCAGGCUGUGGACAGAGAUUUACAAACGAGGACCACCUGGCAGUUCAUAAACACAAGCAUGAGAUGACAUUGAAAUUUGGCCCAGCCCGAACUGACUCAGUCAUCAUUGCAGAUCAAACUCCUACUCCCACUAGAUUCCUGAAGAACUGUGAGGAGGUGGGACUCUUCAAUGAACUAGCGAGCUCCUUUGAACAUGAGUUCAAGAAAGCUACAGAUGAGGAUGAGAAAAAGGGUACUUCUGGACCUCUUGACAUGUCUCUACCAUCCACACCAGACAUCAAAAUUAAAGAAGAAGAGCCAGUAGAAGUAGACUCAUCCCCCCCUGACAGUCCUGCCUCAAGCCCCCGUUCCCCGCCACUGAAGGAGAAGGAAGUUGCCCCAAAGCCUGUUGUGAUCUCUACCCCCACACCCACCAUUGUGCGUCCUGGCUCCCUGCCUCUCCACUUAAGCUAUGAUCCACUUCAUCCAACCCUUCCCUCCCCAACCUCCGUCAUCACACAGGCUCCACCAUCCAACAGGCAAAUGGGGUCUCCCACUGGCUCCCUCCCUCUCGUCAUGCAUCUUGCCAAUGGACAGACUAUGCCUGUGUUGCCAGGGCCUCCAAUACAGAUGCCUUCUGUUAUAUCGCUGGCCAGACCUGUGUCCAUGGUGCCCAACAUUCCUGGAAUCCCUGGCCCACCAGUUAACAGCAGUGGCUCCAUUUCUCCCUCUGGCCAUCCUAUACCGUCAGAAGCCAAGAUGAGACUAAAAGCCAGCCUAACCCACCAAGUCUCCUCAAUCAAUGGUGGUUGUGGAAUGGUGGUGGGUACUGCCAGUACCAUGGUGACAGCUCGCCCAGAGCAGAGCCAGAUCCUCAUCCAGCACCCUGAUGCCCCAUCUCCUGCCCAGCCGCAGGUAUCUCCAGCCCAGCCUACCCCUAGUACUGGGGGACGACGGCGACGCACAGUGGAUGAAGAUCCAGAUGAACGGCGGCAGCGCUUUCUGGAGCGCAACCGGGCUGCAGCCUCCCGCUGCCGCCAAAAGCGGAAGCUGUGGGUGUCCUCCCUGGAGAAGAAAGCAGAGGAACUCACUUCUCAGAACAUUCAGCUGAGUAAUGAAGUCACGUUACUACGCAAUGAGGUGGCUCAGUUGAAACAGCUACUGUUAGCUCAUAAAGACUGCCCAGUCACUGCACUACAGAAAAAGACUCAAGGCUAUUUAGAAAGCCCCAAGGAAAGCUCAGAACCAACAGGGUCUCCAGCCCCCGUGAUUCAGCACAGCUCAGCAACAGCCCCUAGCAACGGCCUCAGUGUUCGCUCUGCAGCUGAAGCUGUGGCCACCUCGGUCCUCACUCAGAUGGCCAGCCAAAGGACAGAACUGAGCAUGCCCAUACAGUCGCAUGUGAUCAUGACCCCACAGUCACAGUCUGCAGGAAGAUGAUGCCUCCCCUGGUGGAGAGGUCUCAAGCCAGAGCUCACCCGCCCAAGAGCCAAGAGAGAUAAUCUUACCCGCUCCCAUCAGCCUGGGACGUGGCAGUGCGGGAGGGUUGUGUGUUGUGAGUAUGGACGAUGAUGUGAGACUUUCCUCUUUAGCCACAUGAUCGUGUAUGUUUGACACCUGUACUAGGGGCAACCCAGCCCCAGAGCCACAUAGAUCAUCCCCAAGAGGGAUUUCUGAUGUACCUACAGCCAAAGGCCUUUCCAGAUGGUCCGAGCAAUCUCCUCUGCCCCAUGCACGCAUACCUGUCUCUCUUAACACUAACCCUUGCACUUCUAGGUUUGGGGCUUCUCAGUUUCCUCUCUUCUCCACUAAGCUGUGGCUUGUUACCCUAUUCUACCAGCACGCCACUUCCUGCUAGAUAGAGGGAAGCUAGAUUUGAUGGCAUUUCACCUGCUGUCCCAUCCCCAGCCACCCUAUGGACUCAGGACUUUGACUCCCAACAGCUGCUUAUUUAUCCCUUUUCCCUUUCUUAAAUUCUAGUUAAAACAUUCACUUAUGGAGAGUGUGAGAUUACUUUGAUGUAUGAAGUAGCGGUAUUCUACUAUUCCAUGUGCUUUAUUCCUUCUCCCUACCUACCAGCAAAAAUAGAGCAAAAAGAAGAGAUUGAUUAAUUGAUUGAUUGAGAAGAAACCCCCAAGAGUUCCAGUCUUUUUUCAUCUAUUUCCAGAACUAUUUGAGUAUCUCAUUUUGUCUUGUCUUUUGACUUUCCUAGUCUAGCAGUGGAAUCUUUUCCCCACAUCCUACUAAGCCUUGGCAACCAAAUCUUGUGGCCUUAUUGUUAGAUAUUGCCUGGCAGUGGAAAGAGGAGUGGAAAGAGUCUGGGAUCUGACUGGGUUUCCUUCUCUCUCCCUCCCUCCUCCUCCAUUCUAAUCAUCAGGGCAGACAGGAACAAUAUAAUUUAUAAAGCUUGUUCUGUCAGGUUACUGAAUGAACUAUGUUUUACAAGAGUUUACUGGCCAAAGUGUACAUAUUGUCAUCCUUUGGUCAUCUUUCUGCUCCUGCCUCUCUCUCUUUGUCCCCCAGUCCAUAUUACCGACUCUGGCCUUCUGCCAUGCUAGUUUUGAUCAGCUUUAUGGAGGCUGUUAUAUAGGAGACUCUGGCAUCCCCUUGCUAGUCCUCCACCUCACAACCUUACACAUCUGUCUUCUGAGCUGAUUUUGUUUUCUUGGUGCUGGUCCUAGGGCUUGAACUGGGGGCCUACGCACUGUCCCAGAG